GAGAAGUCAAUCAGGCAGCAACUUCUUCGAGAACACCAGCAACUCUUCGACAAGUCGCAACCUGAAAACAAGAAGAUCUACCGAAACCCAGUCAGCAAGCCUGACCUUAAGUACAGCUUCGUGCCGGCCAUGGCAAAAGCGGACAUGGAAGGUUACUACUUCCAACACGGUACGGAAGAUCCAAGCAAGAACAUAAUGUUCUACCCCGUCCCCCACAGCGUGCCUGAUUCUCACCUCCAACCGGAUUCCAUCCAAGUGUCAUCGAAGCCAGACAAUCAAGGACGUUUUCGCAGAUGGCAAGUGACCCCAUCUACGGUGGCUUUGUUUGGGGCACUCUCGAGCGUUCACGAGUGCGUUCAUACAAGCGAGAUUCAUCAGCUGAUUAUAGUAGUUCUACUCCAAGUACUCACCACUGCUUACAUAGACGACUUUCAUCCGCAAUGCAGACCAGAAUGUAUUACGAAACAAAUCGAAUUGGUCAACCUUUACUUAGGGCUCACAGGUUGGUGGCGAAGUCCCGAGAAAGACGAUCGUCACCAUCGCUUCCAGAAAUCGAUCACGGUCCUUGGAUUGGCCUACGAGAUAAACCCGGUCAAUCUGCGUAGUUUCGGGCUGAAGAUAUCAGUUAGCCCAGACAAAAUCAAACGUUG